AUGAGGUGGCUUCCCCUUUUCUUGGGCGCGGCCCGUCUGGCCGUUGCCGCAUCAACCACCACAACAACAGAAGCAGAGGACGACGUGGCAGAGUACACCAAGUUCAACGAUGUAUCGAUACCACCACUUAUCGAGCUCACCCCCGACAAUUGGGAGAAGGAAUCGAAAGCCAGCAAGUGGCUGAUGGUUAAGCACUACAGCCCCUACUGCCCCCACUGCAUUGACUUUGCUCCUACAUAUCAAACAUUAUACGAGUUCUACUACACAUCAAAGCCCGUCGGAAACGAGAACGCGAACUUUACCAACUUCUACGACUUCCGCUUCGGCACCAUCAACUGCGUGGCGUACUACGAUCUGUGCAGCGCGCACAAGGCAUCUUCCUACCCAACGACUACUCUCUACAAGAAUGGCGAACAGGCCGAGACUCUUAAGGGCGUCAAGUCCAUGGUUGUUCUGAGCGAGGUUGUAGAAAAGGCUCUUGAAGAGACCAAGCCCGGAACGAGACCCGCGAAGCUCGAGCUCCCCAAGCCCGGCGAUACCUCUGCUCCUGGCUUUGUCUCCAAGGUCGGCACCCUCAAGGAGACCACCGAGGAGGCUACCAAGGUUGAUUCCGCCAAGGAUGUGCCCAAGGUCGAUCUCGUCAAGGACUCCGCCAAGGUCGAACAACCUGAGAAGGAUACUUUUAUCACCGGAAACGACGAGUACUUGAUGCCUACUCCCAAGGCCGAGGAGAAGCCCAUGGACAAGGUUGUGGAAAAGGUGGCGGACAAGGCCACGGAAACCAAGGCCGCCUCCAAGGCGGACCCUUCUGUUGAGGCCAAGGCCAAGAUCGAGAAGGCCAAGGAGGAGGAGAAGAAGUCUACGCCUGCUGCUUACUAUGAGGCCCCUGCUGCCGCUGCCGCUGCCGCUGCCUCCAUCAAGGGCAACAAGCCCAAGUCUACUCCUAACCCCAAUGGUAUCUCUCAGCCCCUCACUGCCGAGAGCUUCCAGAGCCAGGUCACCAUGACCCAGGAGCCUUGGUUCAUCAAGUUCUACGCCCCUUGGUGCCAUCACUGCCAAGCCAUGGCCGCCAACUGGGCUCAGGUCGCUCGCGAGAUGAAGGGCCGCCUCAACAUUGGCGAGGUUAACUGUGAGCAGGAGCAGCGCCUCUGCAAGGACGUCCGCGUCACCGGUUACCCCACCAUUCAGUUUUUCCGUGGAGGCGAGCGCGUCGAGUACACUGGCCUCCGUGGUCUCGGCGAUUUCCUUGCCUAUGCCGAGAAGGCAAUUGACAUCUCCAAGGGCGUACAAGACGUGGAUGCUGCUUCUUUCAAGGCUCUCGAGGAGAAGGAGGAGGUCAUCUUUGUUUACUUCUACGAUCAUGCCACCACCACCGAGGACUUCCUCGCCCUUGAGCGUCUUCCUCUCAGCCUUAUCGGCCGUGCCAAGCUCGUCAAGACCCGCGACCCCGAAAUGUACGAUCGCUUCAAGAUCACCACCUGGCCCCGUCUGCUCGUCUCUCGCGAGGGCCGCCCCACUUAUUACCAGCCCCUCACACCCAACGAGAUGCGCGGCACUCGCCAGGUUCUUAAUUGGAUGAAGUCCGUUUGGCUGCCCAUCGUUCCCGAGAUGACCGCCUCCAACGCCCGCGAGAUCAUGGAUGGCAAGAUCGUUGUCCUCGGACUCCUUAACAGAGAUGACGAGGAGUCGUUCACUGGCGCCAUUCGCGAGAUGAAGUCGGCCGCCAACGAGUGGAUGGAUAAGCAGAUCCAGCUCUUCCAGCUGGAAAGGCAGGAGCUCCGUAACGCGAAGCAGCUGCGCAUCGAGGAGGCCGAGGACCGCAACGACCAGCGUGCUUUGCGCAACGCUAAGAACAUCCGCAUCAACAUGGACAGGGCGGACAGGAAGGAGAUUACCUUUGCUUGGGUUGAUGGCACUUUCUGGCAGAGGUGGAUCAGGACCACGUACGGUAUUGAUGUCAAGGAUACUGGUGACCGGAUCAUCAUCAACGAUGAGGAUAACCGCCGCUACUGGGACCAGACCACCACCGGCAACCCCAUCGUCCCCAGCCGCACCUCCAUCCUCGAGACCAUCACCAAGAUCUCCCAGAACCCGCUCAACAUCAAGCCCAAGCUCACCAUCUCCGCCUUUGAGAAGAUCUUCUUCGACAUCCGCAUGACCUUCUCGGAGCACCCCUACCUUACCAUGGGCUGCAUCCUCGGCAUCGCCUUCGGCUGCCUCUCGUGGUUCCGCAACAGCGCUCGCGCCCAGAGGAGGGGCACCCACUUCAAGCUGGAGGAGGGCGGUGUUAGUGCUCCUACCGAGAAGGGAAGCUCCGGCGGCUUCAUUCAAAGCGUGUUUGGCGGCAGCGGUGGUAGCAGCAAUGGACCCAAGGCCGAUUAA